UGUGAUAUCUGUGGAAAGUCAUUUUCUCAAAAAGGUAACCUGAAUACACACAAAUACAUUCAUACAGGACAGAAGCCAUAUCACUGUGAUAUCUGUGGAAAAUCGUUUUCUCAAAAGGGUAACUUCAAUAUUCACAAAUAUAUUCAUACAGGAGAGAAACCAUAUCACUGUGAUGUCUGUGGUAAAUCGUUUUCUCAGAAAGGCAGCUUGACUAUACACAAACGCAUUCAUACAGGAGAGAAACCAUAUCGCUGUGAUAUCUGUGAUAAAUCAUUCUCAGAGACAGGUGGCUUAACAAUACAUAAACGAAUUCAUACAGGAGACAAACCGUAUCACUGUGACAUCUGUGAUAAAUCGUUUUCAGGCCACGGCAACUUAGCUAUACACAAACGUAUUCAUACAGGAGAGAGACCGUACCCUUGUGAUAUCUGUGGUAAGUCUUUCUCCCAGAAAGAAAGCUUAAUAAUUCACAAGCAUAUUCAUACUGGAGAGAAGCCGUUUCUCUGUGAUAUCUGUGGUAAAUCAUUCUCUCAAAGGAACAGCCUGACUGAACACAAACACAUUCAUACAGGGGAAAAACCAUAUGAUUGCAAUAUCUGUGGGAAAUCAUUCUCUGUCGGAAGCCACUUAAUUAGACACAAAUCCAUUCAUACAGGGGAGAAACCAUUUCAUUGUGAUGUCUGUGGGAAAUCAUUUUCUCAGAAUGGUAUCUUAACUACACACAAACGCAUUCAUACAGGAGAAAAACCUUAUCGUUGUGAGAUCUGUGGUAAAUAUUUCUCUCAUAAGGGUAACUUAACUACGCAUAAACGUAUUCAUUCGGGAGAGAAACCACAUCAGUGUGAUACCUCUGAGCAACCAUUCCCUGAGAAUGAUAAUCUGACUAUACAUGUUUAUAUUCAUACAGAAGAGAAACCAUAUCACUGUGAUGUGAAUGAUAAAUCCUUCUCUCGUACGGACAACUUAACUAUGCAUAAACGUCUUUAUACAGGAGAUAAACCAUAUCACUGUGAUAUCUGUGGUAAAUCAUUCUCUCAAAAAAGUCACCUUACUCAUCACAAAUCCAUUCAUACAGGAGAGAAACCAUAUCAGUGUGAUAUCUGUGAUAAAUCCUUCGCAGUAAGAAGUAAUUUAACUGCUCAUAAACUUACACAUACUAAUGAGAGGCCAUAUCAGUGCGAUAUAUGUGGUAAAUCAUUCUCUCUAAAAGGUAACCUUACCACUCACAAAUACACUCAUACAGGAGAGAAACCAUAUUCUUGUGAUAUUUGUGGUAAAUCAUUCUCUCAUAGGAGUAGCCUUACUGACCAUAAAUACACUCAUACAGGAGAGAAACCAUAUCACUGUAAUAUCUGUGAUAAAUCCUUUGUAGGAAGAAGUGACUUAACUUCUCAUGAAGUUACCCAUACUAAUGAGAGGCCAUAUCAGUGUGAUAUUUGUGGUAAAUCAUUCUCUAAAAAAUCUAACCUUACUAGACACAAAUCCAUUCAUACAGGAGAGAAACCAUAUCAAUGUGAUAUCUGUGAUAAAUCCUUCGUAGUAAGAAGUAAUUUAACUGCUCAUAAACUUACACAUACUAACAAGAGGCCAUAUCAGUGCGAUAUAUGUGGUAAAUCAUUCUCUCUAAAAGGUAACCUUACCACUCACAAAUACACUCAUACAGGAGAGAAACCAUAUUCUUGUGAUAUUUGUGGUAAAUCAUUCUCUCGUAAGAGUAUUCUUACUUAUCACAAAUCAAUUCAUACAGGAGAUAAGCCAUAUCACUGUAAUAUCUGUGAUAAAUCCUUUGUAGGAAGAAGUGACUUAACUUCUCAUGAAGUUACCCAUACUAAUGAGAGGCCAUAUCAGUGUGAUAUUUGUGGUAAAUCAUUCUCUAAAAAAUCUAACCUUACUAGACACAAAUCCAUUCAUACAGGAGAGAAACCAUAUCAUUGUGAUAUUUGUGGUAAAUCAUUCUCUCGUAAGAGUAUUCUUACUUAUCACAAAUCAAUUCAUACAGGAGAUAAACCAUAUCACUGCAAUAUUUGUGAUAAAUCCUUUGUAGGAAGAAGUGAUUUAACUUCUCAUGAAGUUACCCAUACUAAUGAGGGGCCAUAUCAGUGUGGUAUAUGUGGUAAAUCAUUCUCUAAAAAAUCUAACCUUACUAGACACAAAUCCAUUCAUACAGGAGAUAAACCAUAUCAUUGUGAUAUUUGUGAUAAAUCCUUUGUAAGAAGAGGUCAUUUAAUUACUCAUGAACUUACACAUAUUAAUGAGAAGCCAUAA